UUCAAAGAGAGCAACACACUUUGGACUUUUAAAUCCGUUUGCAGAGCCUUGUUACACACUAACAUGCACACAAUCGUAGAGACUAAGCUGCAGGCACAUGUGUUUAGGUUUAUGAGCAGAGGUGUUUGGACCUGAAAAGAAGGAAAGGCUGGAUGAGAAGAGAAGAAGGGAAAAGAGGAGGACACAGUGACAAGAAGAAUGGGAUAGAAAAAGCAAUGGGCAAACCAUCACUUUCAGUUGAGGAGAUGGACUGAGCCGAGACAAACGACAAAACUGUGCAAGGACAUGGGCAGAGAGCGACUCACUUGGGGCUUGUUGCUGCGUUGGGGUGUUCUGCUCACUGCUGUGUGUGUGUGCAUUCAUGUUUACCUGGAGACAGAUUGGUGGGAAGCACCUCUGGGACAUCCCCCUCACUCUAAUCAGAGCCAGGGUCAAGAAAGCAGAACCAAACCGGUCUCUGCAGAGGAGCAAGACAGGAGCAUUAAAAGGAGGAUCUCCUAUGUUCGAACAGCAAAGAAGGACAGCCCAGCUAGGAGGAGUGAUGGAGACCGAAAGCACUUCCCACCUCCAUGCUGUCCACCUCUCCACCCACACAGGAAGACUCCUCGGUGGCAUAUAAACCUGGAACCCUGGGCCAGUGAAAGCCGCUCUCUGAACGACGAAGCUAAAAGGUUCCUAAACUACAUCACAACACCACAAGUGUUAUGUUCAUCAUUGCCUGGCGAAGAAACGGCUCAAGGGAGGUCCAGUGGUGCCUGGGCUGUGUGCCUGGACCCUAAAUACAGCCUGACCCACAGGAUGCAGAGCAAACACUGCAGGGUCUACUCUUUUGGGUUGGGGGUGGAUGACCGGUCUCUGGAGCGUUCCCUCGCCAGGUCGGGGUGUGAGGUCCACUGUUUUGAUCCCAGUCUAAAGCAGCCUCACCUUCAGCAGGCUCAAAUGUGGCUUCAUCGGCUUUCUGUAGACUGGGGAGACCCAAAACCCGCCAUUGUCGCUCCGCGUCCAGACUACGCCAACACCAAGAAACUGGCCACCAUUCUUAAUGACUUUGGACACAGACGGGUGGAUGUACUGAAGGCAGACAUGGAGAGUGCAGAGUGGAAGAUUUUGGAGAAUUUGGUCUUGGAAGGUGUUCUAGAUUCAGUGGGUCAGCUGCUCUUAGAGCUUCACCUGCACUGGGCAGGCUUUGAGGUGGGAGGCGAUGACCCAUCCGUGGUGCGGUUCUGGUUCAGCCUGCUAAAGGAGCUGGAAUAUGCCAACUUCCGCCUAUUCCAUGUGCACAGAGACCAUGCCAAACCUCACAUCUUCCUGCAUAAAAAUGUCCUCAAUGCCAGCAGUGUUUACACCUUAAGCUGGGUGAACAUACAGUGGAAGCCUUGAGAGACUUGUAGAAAUCAAAUA